CAGAUAACUGAAUUAGGAAGUCGUGGACAUGAGAAGUACAAAUCUAUGUGGGAGAAAUUAGCCAUUAAACUUAAUAGCAAUGGAGAAGCAAAGAAAACUGCGGCUUUAUGGGAAACUUAUUGGAAAAGUUUAAAACUUUCUGCAAAAAAAAAACAAAGCAGAAUACAUCUGCUCUAUAAAGAAGACUGGGAAUGAUAAAAUUGUUAACUUAACAGACAUGAAUGAACGGAUUUCUGAUAUAUUCGGUCCUUAUGGCACAGGUUUGAGUGUCAUACCGGAGGUUGGAGUGAGAAAGGCCAAAAGUAUAGUAAGAGGUAAAAGACCUAUUGCGGUAAAGCCAAAUAUGAAAUUGUCAAUUCCUGAUCUGCAAAUUCUGCAAAAUCAGAGACUACAAGGAUUUCAAUUAUUUCAACUAUCAAUGAUUAAAACAAUAAGGAGGUUGAGUCGAGUGCUAUUGGAGAGAGUAAUAACCAAGCAACGAUCAAACAAGGUGCAGAUAAUGUUCCUGGUAUCUUACAUGGAAAGAAACCAAGUAUUCGCACAAGAUAAUGAGCGUACCCAGGAAGUUGUUCGUGAGAAGUGGAACGAAUUAGCUGACAACCUCAAUGCUAUAGGCCCACAUCGCUCAGUUGAAAGUUGGCAAACUACAUGGGAUCAUCUGGUGCGCACUGCCAGAGAAGCUAAUGAUGAUAUUGAUAUCGGUAUCAGCAGCACCCAACUGAAUGAAACUGACAAGAAAAUACUACGGGCUAUGUGUAUACCUGAAUUUCAUCCAAGAAACUCUGUUCAUCAACAAGCAAACAGUGUUGCUUCUUUGACUAGACGUCAAGAUAUUGCUCAGUCUUCACCUCAUCAAUCCACCUAUAAUAAUCCUGUUGAUAAUAGCCAAUAUGCUCCAUCAACAUCUCGUCAAGGAGAUUACGAACCAGACUAUGAUUCCUCGAGGUCUUUUCUGACUAGUACUCAAAGAAAGAGCAUUGAUUUGACUAGAGACGAACCCCCAACUAAAAUAAAAAAACAAGAUAGGCUUGAGUACCAGUUAGAGAUGGUCAAAGAGAGUAAUCUCAUUAUUUCAAAUUUAUCAACAGGAUUACUCCAGUGCUUUCAAAAUCAAAAUGUAAUCCUGGAAACAGGAUUUGCACAAAUUACAAGUGCAAUGGAAAAGCUGUGUACUGAUAUCGCUGCUGCAUUUAUGCAGCUUAGAACAGGUCCACAAGUUGAAAAAGCUACCGAAGACUUAGAGAUUGACAAAGAUAUCGAGUAUAACACAGAGUAUCUAGAUCCUGAAUAUGAAUAACUAUUAUUUUAUAAUAAGAGAUUUUUAAGCUAACAUUUUGGAGAAGCAGAGUUUGUAUUUCGGUUGUACAAAAUUAUAUUAAAAUUGUAUUUUGUACAAACUUGUACUCAUUUAUGAAUAAAAGUUCUAAAAAAUAA